UCCUCUCCUCUCACUCUCUCUCUUAAUAAUAAUAAUUGCAUUAUUUUUUAUAUAAAAGGCGGUGCUUAAAAGAUACUGCUAUAAAACUACCUACAUUCUCUUCCAUUCCCUUAUUGCAUCUUCAAUCUCUUACCCCUUUGAUUGUGGCUAAGAUUUUCAGAAUGGUGGUAGCUGCAGGUUCUAAGUUCAAUUUGAGAAGAGGGAACACUGAUUCUUCUCAUAAUAAUGUUGUUAUCAAUAACUGUGAUGGAGGAGAGCUUUCUAGAAUUAAUAAAAGUGUUUGUUUUUCAUCAAUUGUAGAAGUUGAUAAAGACCCUUCUUGUGUUUCAUUCACUACUUUCAAUAUCCUUGCUCCUAUUUACAAAAGGAUUGAUCCACAGAACCAAGGGCUUAGAGAAAGUGACUUCAGAUCAUUUUGGUUCGCUAGGAAUGAAAGGAUUCUUGAUUCAUUGCUUUCUGAAUCAUCUUCUAUUAUGUGUUUACAGGAGUUUUGGGUUGGAAAUGAAGAACUUGUUCACAUGUAUGAGGAGAGACUUGGGGAUGCUGGCUAUCAUCUCUUCAAGCUUGCUCGAACUAACAAUCGUGGAGAUGGCCUCCUUACUGCUAUACAUAAAGAAUAUCUAAGUAUUGUAAAUUAUCGAGAGUUGCUUUUCAACGAUUGUGGUGACCGUGUUGCUCAGUUGUUACAUGUUCAAUCAGUUAAUCCCAUUUCACAUGACCAAAAAGGAAAUUUUCACCAAGAGUUUCUGAUAGUGAAUACUCACUUGCUAUUUCCUCAUGAUUCAAGUCUGUCUAUAGUGAGAUUGGAUCAGGUUUAUCAAAUAUUACAAUAUGUGGAAUUGUAUCAGAGAGAAAACAGGCUCAAACCAAUGCCUAUUAUACUUUGUGGUGACUGGAAUGGAAGCAAGCGUGGACAUGUUUACAAGUUCCUUAGGUCACAGGGAUUUGUAUCAUCGUAUGAUAUUGCAAAUCAUUAUACUGAUAGUUAUGCUGAUGCACACAAGUGGGUUAGUCACAGAAAUCAUAGAGGAAAUAUAUGUGGUGUUGACUUCAUUUGGCUUUGCAAUCCUAACCAAGCGCGUAAACCGUUGAAAACAAGUUGGGCCGAAGCUGUAUUUAGUAUACUAAAGUUUCAGCUACGAAAGGCGUCAUUGUCCGAAGAUGAUGCCUUUACAUUUUUGAAGGGUGACAAUUGUGCUGGUUCUGUAACAUAUUUUAGUUUUUCUGAAGCACUUCGUCAGUUAAAGUUAAUUGGUGUGCCUUAUGGACUAUGCUUCCAACAGUUGCAAGAUCUAUGGAAUCAAGCUGAUGUAGCUGGAAAUGGUGUAAUCGAUUUAGAAGAAUUCAAGCAAAAUAUUUGGAAUUCUACAUGUUCAGAGCAUGUGUUGGAAAAUUUCAAUGGGUGUAUGGAGGAUUCUAAUACUGAACAGGAGCAAGAAGCCAUUGGUUUUAAGGUGAAGAAUGCGAUGUUGUUUCCGCGUGAAAUGGAGAAAGGACUUUGGCCGGAAGAUUACUCUCUUUCUGAUCAUGCUAGGUUGACUGUUGCAUUUUCACCCGCAAAGAUGUCAUGUUCUUCAUUAUAAAGACUAGCGACUGUUGGUUUAUCAACUAAAAAUUGUUGGUCUCUAUUUCGGUCGUUAAUUUGUUUAUCGACCGAUUUUGAUUCUAUAGAGACCAAUUAUUCGAAAUCUAUCCGGUGGACGUUUUCUAGUAGUGGUCAUUAGUUUAUGUUGUAAAGCGAAUACAUGUAAUUAAGGGGACGCUUAUGAUACAUUCGUGUUUUUAUUAGUGUAUCGAUGUGUCGUAUGUUUAAUCUGUUAGAUUGGUAUAUGAAUGUAGCGAUUGUACCAAUCUAAUAGUUUAAACAUACGAAGUAUUGAUAUUCUAAUAAUGUCAUUCAGUCAUCAGUUUUGAUGAGCUCUGGCCAUGUUUUUGUUUUGGCACUAUGAGAACUUUGUAAAGUUAAGAUAUUUUUUGCAAUGUGAGAAAUGAAUAUAUCUCAUUUCUUUUCACCA